CAUAAAUACAUGACAGAUUACCGCAUACACAUUAAUUCAUUCUUGCAUACUGAUGAAAACUUUGUAUACUACGCUUCAAAAUGUUUCGAGUUUUACUGUUAUUAUAUGUUUUCGUUGCCUGUCUUAGUGGACAAGAAAAUGUCAAAAUCGACAAACUACUGAAGGAAACUUUUGAUUGCAAGUUUAAAUACAACAAAACCGUGGGUCUAACAGUGUCUGUUGUCAAAUCUGACAAAGUUCUGUUCGUUGGAGGAUAUGGCUUUGUGAACAUAGAAAAGAAGACUCCUGUGACAGGGGAUACACUUUUUCAAAUAGCGUCACUGUCCAAAGCAUUCGCAAGUGUUCUGCUUACAAAGCUUAUAGAAGAGAAAACAAACUAUACACUGGAUACAAGACUAAAGAAAAUUCUACCUGGGAAGAAGAUUUUCUACGACAGUUUAAGAUCCGAUUACGCCACACUACGAGAUUUACUUUCCCACAAACUAGGUAUCCCGAAACAUAAUGAGAUGAGAUUUGACACUGAACUUACCCGGGAAAAUGUUGUAGGUCGACUGAAAUACUUAAAACCAGAGGGUAUUUUUAGAAGUAGUUACAUGUAUAAUAGUUUGAUGUAUGGAGUCGUCACUCGCCUUGCUGAGAUCAUAGGAAAAGACACAUGGGAGAACUUAGUUAUCAAGCACAUAUUUAAACCGUUAGAAAUGAAUACAUCAACAUUUGCUUCAACAGCAGACCUAGAAAAUAUUUUGCUAGCAAAAGGAUACGUAGAAUAUUACGGUGAACUCCAUCCGGUCGAAUAUAACUUUACAAGGCAAUAUGCUGAAAUAUGUGGAUCAGGGUGCGUACUUUCUACUGCCAAUGACAUGUCUAAGUGGACACGUUUCUUUCUAAGUGGGGGAAAGCUGCAAGACGGCAAACGAUUAAUUUCAGAACAGGCCUUUAAAGACAUAACUUGUCCUGUUAAUACCAUACCAUAUACUUACACACACAAAUACUUCUCCAGGCCGGACAUUCCAGUCACCAAUAUUCAAAGCAACUACGCACUGGGUUGGAGAACUGGAUAUUAUAGAGGGUACAGAAUGUUUGUCCAUACUGGCUCCACAUGGGGAUAUAGAGCUAUGUUAUCCUGGUAUCCUGAGGCUGAUACUGGCAUUUUUGUAGCAUUCACUGGAAAUGAUCCAAAUUACUUCUACAGACUAACAUUACAUAACUAUUUAUUUGAUGUUUACACUGGUCAGGUUCCAUAUCUAAAUACAUCAACCAUAUGUUCCUAUCCUGAACCGUGGUUGAAAUCUGACAUACCACUUGUUAAACCUAACUAUCCAAAAGACAGAAACACAACUAGAAACAAAAAAGAAUACAUCGGGACAUAUAAAAAUCAAGCAUAUGGUAAAAUUAAGAUUGGCAAACACACAGAGAAGAAUAAACUGAAAUUGAUUUAUGGUUAUUUGACAUUUGUGCUUUAUCCUUCAGAAACUAAGGAUGCGUUUUAUGGCGACACUACAGGAAUAUCUCUAAAAUCGUUUGAUUUUUACAAAUUCAAAUUCAAGUUCCACAAUGAUAAGGUGACAUUAAAAGCUUUGAGCUUUCAGGAAAAGCCAAUCUUUAUAAGAAAAAAACAACGGAGCAACGAUGCUAAUCCUAUUUAUACAACUUCUAUGAGUCUUCCUAUUGUGAUCGUAUGUAUCUGUGUUAUAUUGGUUUGAAUCAAACAUCUGCUUUUUGUUUUGUUUUAAUGGAACAUUAGAAAUAAUCAUCUGACGAAGAAUUUCUUAUAUAUAUGUAAUCGCUUGAACUAGGGGUAUUAGUUACACUUCAAAUGAGUUCAUUAUGAUUAUUUCAUAUUGCAAGUUUAUUCGUAUUGCAUUUAUUACUUGUUUUAAAUGCCUUUGAGAUUGUCGGUACUGAUUGGUACCAAAAAUAAGGAUUAUUAAAAGACAACAGUAGUAUACCGCUGUUCGAAAUUCAUAAAUCGAUAGAGAAAAAAACAAAUCCGGGUUACAAACUAAAACUGACGGAACUUGUCAGCUAACAAAACAUAUCAUAGAGUUUUCUUAAAUGAAUACACCUAUAUUAGCUGCGGUACCGUAGCUCUCAUGUCCUUGUGUUAUUUUUUACUAUUGGCGGACCAUGGUCCGCAAAAUAAAAAAUUUAUAAAAAAAGGCCAUAAAAGGUACGGUUCCGCAGCUACACCUAUGUGUGAUCGUAUCGAAAGAGUGUUAAUACAUAUAUGAUACAACUGGUUAAGAUUAAUGUCAUAUAUAAUAUACAAUCAGACAUUAAAAAAUAAUUGAAUUUUUAAACAAACAUGUUGUCUUCUCAUGAACAUCUUAACAAAAAUUCACCAUUAAAAAAAUCAGAAAGAAUACAAACAAGGAAUGGUGCUAUUACAUCCUUCAACUGUAAGGAAGAUUUUUCCUUAAAAAAGAUUGUUUUUGUUAUUACAAACAUUGUACUAAAAAAUAUUUUCAUAAAAACAUAUAUAUUUAAAUCUGUGUUUGUGUUCACUUGUAUAAAAAAAAAUAUAUGUGCAUGCAUGCAUAGCAUCAUUAGUAUACAGCUGGUGAGAAUAUACAUCGGUCGUUUUGUUUAUCAUCUGAUACAAAAAGUGAAAAUAAAACACAUUAGCUAAUUCCAUGCGAUUGGCGCACUUUUACUGAUUUACUGUGUCGUUUGUUUUCUCUUAUAUUUGAGUGUGAAUUCACAUUACAGUACUAUAAGACGUGUUACGGUACUUUUGUAUCCAAACAUCAUGUAUUUGGUUUUGAUGUUACAUUUUUUAUUAUUCUCAUCGGAUUUUGUCUAAUGCUUAGUCCGUUUCUGUGUGUGUUACAUUUCAAUGUUGUGUCGUUGUUCUUCUCGUAUAUUUAAUGUGUUUCCCUCAGUUUGUUUGUUAUCCCAAUUUUGUUUUUGUCCAUAGAUUUACGAGUUUUGAACAUCGGUAUACUACUGUUGCCUUUAUUCACCAUCAUUAGAACGCUCAAAGCCGAAUAUUUACCAAGGAUUGGAACGUGGUCUGUAAUGAUGCUUACGUACUAACUUAUUAUGAAGUAUUAAAAAUAAAUCAUACAAAAAAAAGUCUGAGACAUUUUAUCUUAAAAAUGAAAUGUCGUUUACUAUUACAGAAAAAGGGUUUGCAUAGUGGUGUAUAUCUUUGAUUGAUUAGUCAGUAAUUAAAACCCAUUUGCUUUGGAAAUUACAUUUUUGUUAUUAACAAGACAAAGAGCAGUAGUUGAUUUAUAAAUACCUUAAGCCAUGUAUACGUAUUUUCAAAUAUUUGAUUUAUUUUCUAGCUUUUAUGACAUUUUUGUAUCAUAAACAUUUUAAAAUGGAUACCAAUUACAUCUGAUUUGAAUCUUUUGUGUGUGCAAUAACUUACUGCUCUUGAAAGAAAAAUUCAAUUGCAUAUUUGAAAUAAAAAAGGCAGUUAAUAAACAAAGUGCUUGAACAAUUGUAAUAUGAAUAAAAUCAUCAUAGAUACCAGGACUAAAUUUUGUAUAUACGCCAGACGCGCGUUUCGUCUACAAAAGACUCAUCAGUGACGCUCGAAUC